GUCAGCUCAUCCGACACUUUGAGCGAUUCCUCGUUCGACACCACCUCCUCAACUCCCAUCAUCUGAGUCCGACUCAUUGGCACUACGAGGCUAGGCUAGCUUCCCACUUCCCUCAGCCGCGUCUUCCUCCCCUUCUCGCCCCCACACCAUCUCCCUCUUCGUCCGCCUGGCUAUAUUCUGUCAUGUCCUCCCGCCCGCAGUGGCAAGAAACCUCCGACGCCGAGUCCGACUCGUCCGAACAGCGUAUGGCCAUGGUUGAUGCCCUAGAAGAGAUGGCUCAAGAGGCCGAGGCACGGGACAAUGCCCUGAUAGACUCAGAUUUCGAGGAGGACGAAGACGACGAAGAUUACGAAGAUGCCGAGGACGAGGAGGACGAGGACGAGGAUGAUAUUGAUUUCGAUGUUGAGGAUAUGGAGGGCGUCGUGGGGGAUGUCGAGGUCGAGGGAAUUGAGAUUGAUGAUGAUGAUGAUGAUGAUGAUGAUGACGAAGACGAAGACGAAGAUGACGAGGAGGACGAGGCUCGUAUCGAGCUGCAAGGAGGCGACGGUGAUGAUGAGGGUGAGGAUAGGGUCACAUUCACAGUACAGGAGCUCCUACAAAGAGUACUCGCCCCGCGCUCUACAGGCGAUGAUACCACUCCAGGCGCCGGCGAGAGCCGCACAGCUCGCGCGAUCCAAGGCAUUGGCAUUGCGGGUCUUCGCCAGCUCCUAGCACAAGGCGGUUUCCGUCUUCGUGCCACCGGCGGCGAUGAUGACGACGAUGAAGAUGACGAUGAUGACGACGGUGCCAACUGGUACGGCACCACACGUCACACGGGCAUGGCCGACUUCUGGGAGCCGAUCAAAUCGCCCCUACCCGCCGGUCAGGAGCUCCUUCUCAGUGGAGAUUUUGGUCGCACUCCUAAGCGACCCGUGGACUCACCGGCUAAGAGCGCUUUUGACCCAGGACGUAAUGUAGCAGACCGCAUCUCUAAGCGACGAACGGCGCUCAACCGCAUCCCCAAGGACGAGAUGGACGACCUCCUCCCCAACUCCUCGGGAACAGAGGUGGCCCGCUACCCCGCUCGAGUCUACUGCGGGCAAUAUAGCCAAGACUCGUCCUUCUUUUACACCUGCACACAAGACUUUAGAGUUCAGAUGUACGACACAACUGCUGCCAACUCUCGCCGGACGCUGCGCAUGGACGAAGGUCGCGCUGGGCCUCGGCGAUCGCAGUACUACACCUCCUUCGGCACUACGCAGUACACGAGCCUGAAGCCAAUCAAGACGAUCCAGGGAAGGAUGGGCAGCUGGACGAUUACGGAUGCGAAUCUGAGUCCGGAUAACCAGUGGAUGAUCUACUCGAGUAUCACGCCGGUUGUGCAUCUGGUGUCGACGAGGGCGGAGAGUCAGGGUGGGCAGGACUUUUCCGAUAGGCAGGUGCCACUAGACUUUGGGGCUGCGGCAGAUGAUGGUGGUGGGGUGAGAUAUCGCAGUGGGAUCUGGUCCAUUCGCUUCUCUGGCGACUCGAGGGAGAUUGUUGCUGGCGCUCACUUCGGUGACAUCUACGUCUACGACAUUGAAGCGCGUCGCCGAGUGCUGCGCGUCGAAGGCCAUAGAGACGACGUCAACGGUGUCGCUUUCGCGGAUUCUGCCUCCUCGAAUGUCCUCAUCUCAGGCAGUGACGACUCCUUUGUGAAGGUGUGGGAUAGGCGUUCCCUGUCUGGUGGCAAGCCGGCGGGCGUACUGCCUGGGCAUACGGAGGGCAUCACUUAUGUCUCCCCCAAAGGCGACGGUCGCUACUGCAUCUCAAACGGCAAGGAUCAAUCUCUCAAGCUAUGGGACCUGCGUUCCAUGCACUCCUCUUCCACCACACCCGGCGAGCGCACCGACCCCUCCAAGUCGAACAGGUCCUACGGGCUCUCCAACUGGGAUUACCGCAACAUGUACUACCGCAAACCGCGAUACCAGUCACACCCCGAGGACUGUUCCGUCAUGACCUAUCGCGGCCAUGCGGUGCUCAAGACACUGAUUAGAUGUCACUUCAGUCCUGAAGCGACAACGGGGCAGAAGUACGUCUACUCUGGAUCAGCGGAUGGGAGAAUUCAUAUCUGGGGCCUGGAUGGGCGGGUGGUCCGCGUGCUGGACAGAAGUAAGGCGAAGAGCAUUUUCUGCGGUGAUGAGGGGGAGCAACAGAAUGCUGCAGAUCCUUCUGCUCCCGAAUGGGACAGGGACGACGACGAUGACAACAACAACGAGGGCGCUGGUGCUGGUGCUACUCCAGGCGACGGGAUUGGUGGUGGCUACUCUCGCUCUCAUGCCUACGGAGCGAGCCGACGCGGCGGUAGUGGAUCGUACGCGGUCACGGUGCGUGACGUUGCGUGGCACUCGAGCGAGUCGUCUAUCAUGAGUACGGCAUGGGACGGCAGCGACGGUCAACGUGGGAGUGUUGCGAAGCACGAGUGGAAGGGGUAUGGCAAAGGGACGAGUCUGGAGGAUGCUUUUGCUAGGGAGGAGGCAGAGAUGGAGGAGGGACGUGCGCUGUAG